AAGAAAGACAACACCGAACCACAGGGGACUUGGGCGCUGAUCCUAACGGGCUUUCACCAACGGAGUCUCCUCCUUCAAAGAACCAGUGCAGAUUUCCAUCACCUGCAGAUAAUUUGAUUUACAUUAACUGCAGCAACGGAUUGAGAGCUGUUGCCAAUAGUACGGAGCGGAAUCGUGUUGAAUGUGUUGAGGAAGAAACAAAGACUCAGUGAAGCAGAAACAAAAGUAGAGCCCUGAGCCCCGACCUCUCCUCCAGUGAGUCGCUGGAAUCUCUGCAUCACACGGACCUGGUAGCGAGAGACAGAGAUCGACAAUGGGAGGAGCCAGCUCCAGCAAACAGGUAGAGCCGUCUGAGACUCCCACAUUCUUCACACAGGAAGAGCUGAUCAAACUAAAGUCCACUUUUGAAACGGGUGGGGUAAAGAACAUCAAACCUCUGAUACAGCAGAAAUUAACUGAGCUGGACAACACAGAGCUUAACAUCGCAGUGACAGGAGAGGCAGGUACAGGGAAGUCCACCUUCAUCAACGCCAUGAGAGGGCUUAAGUAUUCCGACGAGGGAGCGGCUGAAGUUGGAAACAUAGAAACUACAACGGAGCCAAGCAGAUACCCACAUCCCAGCCUGCCCAAUGUUUGCUUCUGGGACCUGCCAGGAAUAGGAACUAGAAAAUUCGAAGCUCACAAAUACCUGAAGGCAGUGCAAUUUCAACGCUACGAUUUCUUCAUUAUAAUCGCAGACUGUCGACUGAGAGAAAAUGAUAUAAAACUUGUCAAAGAGAUCCAAAAAAUGGGGAAGAAUUUCUACUUUGUCCGAUCUAAGAUUGACAAUGAUCUUGAUUCAAUGAGAAAACAACGAGGUAAUAUCAAUGAUAAAGAAGAACUGAAAGACAUCCGGAAGAAUCAUGUCAGUGAAUUGAGAGAGGCAGGGAUUCCAGAUCCCUCUGUGUUCCUGGUAUCCAGUUUAUAUCCAAAGAAGUAUGACUUUAUUCUGCUAAACGAAACGCUUGAACACGAUCUACCGAACGUAAAGAAAAGUAUCUUUGUCCUGGCCCUUCCGAACCUAAAUAUAGGGAUUGUACAGAAGAAAAGUGAGGUGCUGAAGAAACGUGUCUGGAUGUUGGCAACGCUCUCGGGAACAGUUGGAGCGAUCCCUGUUCCUGGUGUGUCUCUUGCUUGUGAUAUCAGUAUACUGAUUGGAGGAAUAAUCCAUUUCCGUAAAUGUCUGGGUCUGGAUGAUGCUUCUCUUCAAAGACUGGCCAACAGGGCAGAUAUACCUGUGAACAAGAUGAAGGCUGAAUUAAAACAUCCACUUCUUGGGGAAAUAAAUAAAGAUUUAAUAACGAGGUUAAGCUUGGGUACUGCAGUCGUUGCAGUUUCAGCCGUUGAAAUUGGUCUUUACGCUUUCCCAGUACUUGGUUCCAUUUUUGGAGCAGGAUCAUCAUUUCUCAUGACCUACACAAUACUAAGUGAUGCACUGAAGGUUCUUACGGAACACGCAGAAAGGGUGGUGAAGGUUGCGUUUUUGACUAUUAAGUAGUCUGUACAGACAUCGAUCCAGUGAGUUCAUGUAAUGCUGGAGUUAAUAAUUUGAAAAAGCUGAUUGCCAAAUCCUACUGUAAUUCUUCGCGACAAUGUUCUAUUUUGCUGCAUUUAUUCCUGGAAACAUUCUUCAUCCAUUUGCCAGGAGAGCUUUGAAAGGUUACUGUUUAAAAGAAAUUGUGCAGGAAUAAGGGAGUGCCACUCUGACUAAUGAAUCAGAGCAAUUAAUCCCCUACUGCCCUCGGAACUGGAGAUAAAGGAUCUGUGACUUUAUUUUGAAGAAAGCCAGAAAAGUUAUUGCUAGAAUCCUAAUAAAUAUUCUUCUGUCAAUGAAUAAGAAACUGUCUGAUUAUUAUCAUGUUUCUGUGUGGGAACUUGGAGUGUGCAAGUAGUUCAGCUGUAGUUCUCACGUCAUAACUGAACACUCAUAAGCCUUGAUCCUGUGGUCACAAAAAGGGCAAUGGAAAAGCAGGUCAAUUUCUGGUAGUACGAGAGGAGGGACACUUGGUGUCGGUUUGACUGUAGCCAGCUCCACUAGAUCAUCACCUUUCCAAUGUUUUUCAUACCAGUUUUAUUCCCAGCUGGUGUUGGAGUCAACUGCAGAGCCUGACUGCUUUUUGCCAGUAAAUACAAUGCCAACACACUUCAAUAGUUGUGUCUGUUGUCCAAUGAUGUGCAGCCUGGUAUAAUCAUACUAAAAUACCCAUGGUGUGAGUUUACCCUUCUAAAUUCCUGGCUUACAAACCAUUACUGCACUGAGUAUUGCCUGUCCGGAAUUAAACUGGUGGUACUGCAAGAGAGAUUCCAUGAUAUAGGAGGAAAGCUGGGAAGAGUGGAACUGGAAAAAUUGGAGCUAGAAAUAGAAUGAAUUUGGAGAUCUCUGGACUAUCUUGAAGAAAUAGAAUAACUACAGUCAUCAGAAGCCAGCAAGAUGGAAGACAAGUACAACAUUGAAGGAAGUCAGAAUCAAAAGCCCUGUUGUCAAGUGUUACUGGAUACCAGUUGUAUUAAAUAUGUUAUUAGUAGUCUGGUUCUUACUAAAUGAAUGACAAUUUGAUCUGAGUUCUUGCAGAUUAUUCGUCAAAGGAAACUAGGGUCAUGAAAUAGCACAGAGAGAGAGAAAGAGAGAGAGAGAGAGAGAUAAAAGCUGGCAAAACAGGUUAUUCAUCCCACCAAAUCUUUGCUAACAAUCAAACACCAUUCUGGUUCCUUGUAGGUCAGGAAUUAUUUGGCUUCUGUCUCUCUGUUUUUUGCUUCUAAUCGAUAUUGAUGCUGAAUAGUCAAUUAUUAACUGUGGAGAAAUGGUGUUUGGAGAUGGCAGUGUGAAAGGGAACCGUGUGUAGUAGCAAUGUGAGGAUGAAUAAUCUCCCGGAAAUGAUGUACCGUGACACAUUUUGAACAUUACUCUGAUCGGGACGGCACUCUACUGAGAAUAUGAGUGUGCUAUAGCUCGGUGAAUGACGCCUGUAAAUUUCUGUAUAUCACAAUGAAAGCUUCCAAUUGAAAACAAUUCACCUAUUGAAGGCAACUGAUUCCAUGCCGAGCACACAAUCGCCACUACAUUCAGUGACUCAACUACCUGGUUGAUCAGGGAUUUGACUGAACAGCCAGUACAAAGGAAGUUGGAGUAGCAUUAGCCUCUUUCCUAAGACACAGUUCACCCUUAACCACAUAAGUGGAAUAAAGUAGACCUAGUUCUAUCCAUUAAUGCGUAUGAACCGUUGAGUGCUCCAGUAACCUAAAUUUCCCAGCAACGGUCUGAUCUGUACUUACUUCAUACACAUUCUCCAAUGAAUACAUUCUUACAUAAGUUAUUCCCAAUAUUUUUGGCGACGUCCUGGGUAGAAGAAGGUUGUCUACAUUUUAAUGUCUUCACACAGCAUGGCAAAACAAGCAGUACCCACAGAAAUAUUGAGAUCAACUGGUAAAUGCUUAAGUUACAGCUCAUAUGUCUGUCAUCGCUUUAAAGACUUUAAAUGCCAUUCCGAAAUAUGCAAAGACAUCCCAGAACUAUUAAAAAACGUCAAUUAUUAAAAACAUUUAAAAUAGUUCAGAAGCAACUAUCAGAUAACAAACAUAGUCAUUUAAGUAACAUUCAUGAAAGAAAAAGAAAGUGAAUUGAGUGACUUCUCCUUGACCUAGACUACACUUGUGCAGGCUCAGUGUUUAGAUUUAAAAGUGAAUUGUUGGGAAACUGCCAGAAAUCCACUACUGCAGAUCUACAUGUGAAGAUCCUCCAUUCCUACAGAUGUACAUAAAAUCCUGACAGUCACAUGGGGAAAUGACAUGUGCCUCAUGGAAACUUCUGUAUUGCGCCUAAAUAUCCAGAUCCAUAGUUCGUUAUCCACAGUGAAUAUGCAUGCCUGCAAUUUCAGCAGAAAAUUAAUGUUCUGCUGCAAAAGCCAAAAUUCUUGGAUUUGUUGGAAGUGAAACUGGUUUGAUGCAAUUGAAUGUAAUUGGGCGUUUUAAUUGAAGCUUCAGCUGCUUAUAGCAUUGUCCAGACAAAAGGUGGAGUAAAUUAGGGUGAUAACGGUACAACUCAAGGGCCUUGCUGUCGAUGGAGUGAGCUGGCAACAUUCUCAGUGUAUCUUACCAGUCAUCAGACGCAUAUUCCCAGUAUGGAGAUGAUAUUGUUACCUACUUUACAACAAGUUGUGAUCAGAAACAACAGGAAUGGCGUACCCAGAGUGCCAUGGAAUUACUAGCUUCUCCAAUUAAGUCAUGAAAUGCAUAGAAAAUGCACUAUAUAGGCUUCCAUCAGGGACCUUGACUCAGUGUCCAAUGAAGGUUAAGGUUGUUUUGGGUUGUACAAUGUGACAUCAGCAGGGACCAGGGGUAAAAAGUCCUUUGUAGCAGGGUAGGAAGUGUAAAAUGAUACUGAAGAAGAACUUGUAUGAAGUCUGUUACAAUGGGAAGAGUGAUGUGGGAGAGUCAUGCAGUAUCUCACCAGAACAAUGUGUGCUACUUAACCAGUGAUCUGAACUACAGAUUAUGAGUGAUUUGAUAUAUUAUGCUGUUGCUCUGUUUUAUGAUUUUAUCUGAGUGGGUCAAAUCAUUUGAACUACUUAGAUAAGUACAGAUAUAU